AUGCAGCGGCACAACCAAGCACGAUUAGUCGCAGAGUGCGAAACAUCUUACCCACCCAUGAAGACACCACUACAAAUUGAGAAGCAUGCAUCUUCCCUAUACACCAAUACAAUUUUCUACGACAUCCAAACAGAGAUAUUAGAAGGAAGUUUCUCAUGCAAAAUAUCUAGCAAGGAACAAGCAACUGAUCACGUACUAUAUACAAUCCAAGAGGGCAAAAAGAAGAGCAUCACAGUACAAUAUUAUAAAGAGAAUGAGACAGUGAGAUGUUCCUGUGGGAAAUUCACUAGGGUGGGAAUAUUAUGCAAACAUGCGUUUGCAGUAUUAAAGGAUGAUGAUGCAGAAGUGAUACCAGCAAAAUACAUAAUACCAAGGUGGACACAGAAUGCAUGUGCACACAACCGGGCCAACGACCACAUUCAACAAGGAGGACCAGACAAUACAGAAAUAGAAGAGAAGAGACUAACAGCUAAACUAUGGAGUGAGUUUUACUCUUGCAUAGCAUUAUCACAGGCAAACACAUCUGAAAUGCAGGAGAUGUUGGACUGGAUACUAGAGCACAAAAGUAAAUUAUUGAAGACCAAAGAGAAGAAACAUGAUACAAAUAACAAAAACGAAUUACUGAAGACAUUUUAUGGCACACAGGCAACAACAGUUGUACAAGUGAAACCUCCACAAACCUCCACAAGUAUCAAAGAACAAAGGGAGUGGAAAGCGAUUAAAGAGCACACGGGAGAAAGCACAAGCAAAGAAAAGAAAAGAUGGACGCACAUGCCAUUACUGUGA